AUGGCAGUAUCUCCCGCUACUCUUUCUGGUCCAAGGAAAGAAAUGAGCAUUCUGGAAUCUAACCAGUACCUGCUCUCUCAGCUGGAAGAAAGCAAACAGAAAUUGCAAGAUCUCAGAGAGAAAUACCUCACUUCCAAAGCUACAGCUUUCUCUCUGGCCAACCACCUGCAGAAAUAUGGGUGUGAGGAGUACAAAGAACUCAUUAAAUCUGUGCUGGAAGAGGAGCUGCAGUCUGAAGAGGGCGGUGUGGCAGAGGAGUUGAGACGAGGUGCAAGACUUGGGAAAUCUGAUAGCCUGUUUCAGGCUCAGGCCCAAGAACUGACCUAUUUACGGCAGAAAAUACAGGAAGGGAGAGGUGUCUGCUAUCUUUUUGCUCAGCACGUGAAAAAUGCAGUCAAAUCUUUUGAGAGUGUCCUCAGGAGCACUGGCGUCACCAGCUAUCAUGGACAAAGACUCUGUGAGCAACUGACCCAAGGAAGCAAGCUGGCAGAGCACCUUGCCCGCAGGCUCACCACUGAAAAUCAUAGUAAGAAGGAUGAAGACAGACAAAGGCUACAGGCUGUCAGGUUCAGCAGGGAGGUCCCAGAAGAGGAAGCAAAUGAAAUCCUGGAAGACUCACUAGAUGAACAGUACUUGACUCCUUCUAGCCACUGUGACUGUCAACAGCCUUCUAGCAGCAAUGUGAUCUUGUCUAAUAUGCAAGAAGCCACCUCUGCUAUGGGCAUAGCCAGUGAGUAUUCCUCUUAA